AGUUAUGGCAAAUGUCGAUAAUACUCCAAUAAUCUCCUCUACUGACGACGAUGUAGAAGAAUUGAUUCUCGCAACAUUGUUGAUAGUACAAUAUCAUUAUUCCAGCGAUUUAUACAAUAGAGAACCACGCAGGGAUAGUGCAUUCACAGGGGCAGCAUGGGUACAUGAGGUGUUGCAUGGGCAUGCAAACCGUUGUUACGAAGAAUUUGGCAUGGAACGACAUGUGUUUUUAAAUUUAUGCCUACUAAUGAGACAUCGUGGUUGGUUACAAGACAGUCGCAAAAUUAGGGUAGAUGAGCAAUUGGCAAUGUUCAUGUUCAGAAUAACAGGUGUAGGUCCUACUAAUAGAGCAGUUGAGGAGAGAUUCCAACAUUCAGGACAGACUGUCAGCUAUUACUUUGGCAAAGUAUUGCAAGGGGUGCUUAAGCUUUCUAAGGAGUAUAUCAAAGCCCCAUCGUUUGAUGAGAUUCCUAUGGAAAUAAUUGCAAACAACAAAUGGUGGCCAUAUUUUAAGAUGGUACACAUGUUACUGCUAUAGUUCCUAAGGGAAAACAGAUCCCAUAUCGAGGACGGAAGGGGAUAACAACCCAAAAUGUGAUGUGUGCCUGCUCGUUUGACAUGAAAUUCACUUUUGUAUAUGCGGGUUGGGAAGGCAGUGCAAAUGAUUGUCGUGUAUUCAAUAGAGCCCUAGAGGAUCCUACUUUACGAUUUCCUCAUCCUCCCCGAGGUAUAUCAAUUCCCAAA